AAAACUAUGAGACCUCAAUCUCCUAAAAUGUUAUAAACCUAAACUAUAACAGCAACUCGUAUAAUUAGUUCACCUUCUAAAGAUAUACACUAAGAUUCCUGUAGUAGACUUGCUAAAGUCACAACUUGUUAAACUAGACCUAAGGCUACUAUUAUUACAAUAUCAAAUAAACCAGUCAUUGAAACAAGAACUGUUAUUCUUUGUAAUGAUAAAAAGUGUUAAGCACAUGUAAAUUUAAUUAAAAUUAAAUCAGGAAAAUCAUAUUGAACAAUUAACAUAAGAUAAUUAUAAAUUAAAUUAACGAAUACAUGACUUAGAACUUUAAAUUGAUAAAUAUGAUGGAGAAUAAUAAAUCUGGAUGAGCACAACAAUUGAAAUGGAGAGUUUCAAAAAAUUACUUCAAGAAACUUAAAAAAAUCAUUCAAAAGAACUUUAAGCUCUUAAUUCUGAACUUUAUAAUUUUAAAUCUAUAUCUUAAACUUAAGAUGAUAAAAUCCAAUAACUUACCUUUUAAAUUAAAGAAAAACAAAAUUUAGAAGAAGAUUAUUCAACUAUAUCUUAAGAAAUCGAAAAAUAUAAAAUUAUUAAUCAAGAUAAAGAUGAUUAAUUAUAAUAAUAUGAAGCUAGAAUCAAAGAUUAUGAAAAGUAGCUUUAAGUUGGAGAAAAUGUAAUUGAAGAAAGAAAUUCAUAAAUAUUGAUUAUGCUACAAAAAAUUAAACAAUAUGAAUUAGAAUUCGAAACAUCCAAUAAUGUUAUUCACUAAUUAAAAUAAGAAAUUUCAUCAAAAGAUAUUCAAAAUCACUAAUUAAUAUUAUAGAAAGAUUCUUUAAUUUCUAAUUACAGAGAAAAUCUUGAUAUAUUAGAAUAAAGAAUAUCUUAAGAAUAAUAUCUUGAUUCUCAAAAAAAUCUUAAAUUUAUUCAAUUGGAAAAUGAAAAAAAAGAUUUAAACAAUAUUAUCCAAAAUUUACAAUUCUAAGUUAAUGAUCUUUAAGACUAAAAUAAUCAUUUAAAUCAAUAACUAUUUUUAAAUGAUUAAUUUAAUUCUGAUCUCUAAGUUUCAGUCGAAAAAUAGACAAAAAGUUUAGAAUUAUAAAUGCAAACCAAAUUAGAAGAGCUUGAAUUAAGAAAUUAAGAAAAAUUGCAUUUAUAGGAAGAAUUAUAUAAGACUUAAUAAGAAUCUAAAGCAAAGGAGAAUUAAAUAAUUUCUUUAAAUGACAAUAUCGUUGAUCUCACUUCUUAAAUAAAAGAGAAAGAUGAAAAGAUUGAAAUACUUUAUUAAGAAUUAACUCAAUAACUUGAACAAAUUGUUUUAUAUAAUAAUAAAUAAUUAUAAAAUUAUUUGAUUAUUAAUGAAGAUUUAAAAAAUGAGUUAAAAUUAAGAGUUAUUGAUGAAAAGUCAACUUAAAUUUCUUUAUAAAAAGAAAUUGAAAAUAGAAAUCAAUUAUUAGAAAUUGUAAACUAAUUAAAAUCUUAAAUUGAAGAACUAAAUAGCUCAAAAAAUUCUUUAGAAAAUAUAGUAAAUAAUUAGAGAUAAUAAUUAGAAGAUUAAAAUGAAAAAUAGACUCAAUAAUUAUCUGAUUUAAUUCAAUCAUUUUAGCAGCAAAUAUCUAAAAUUUCAGAAGAAAAAUAGCAUUUAGAAAAUAAUUUUAUUCAAUUUAAAAAUGAAACUUCAUUAAAAAUAAAAUUAUUAGAAGAAACUAUAGAUUUGUUUAAAUAAAACGAAGAUAAAUUUGCUGAAGGAAACAGAGAAUUACAGGAAUAAUUAUUACUUCAGAGUUUAGAAGUAUAAAGACUUUAAAGUGAAAAUUAAAAUUAAAAAGAGAAACUAUAAUAUUAAUCCUGUGAAAUAGAAAAAUUAAAUGAAUAAUCUAUUUAAAUCAAUGAAAAUAAAUUACUCUAAUAAGUGGAAUAGAAUAAAUAAACUGACUAAUUAUAAAUUAAGAUACAAGAGUUAAAUAUCUAAUGUGAAGCAUUGAAAUCAGACUUAAAAUAAUAAAAUGAAUUAAAUGAAGAGUUGAAUAAGAAAAAUAAUUUAAAUUAGACUCAGAUAUCUCAUUUGCAAGAAGUAGAAUCAUAAUUAAAAUAUUUAAAUGAAUAAUCUAACUAAUAAUAAAAAAAUAUAUAAAAGGAAUUAGAAAGUAAAAAUGAGACAGAAAAUACACUUAAAUUAAAACUUGAGACUUUAUUAGAAGAGAUAAAAGUGAAAUAAAUAUAACUUUCUGAAUUGGAUCGAUAAUUAUAACUAGUAGAGUAGACAAAUUAGAGAUAAUAAAUAAAUUUAGAGGACAAAAUAAAUUAUCUUUAGAAUGAGGUGGAAAUGUGGAAAGAAAAAUUUGUAAUUUUAAAUAGAGACUAUCACAGAGUUUAGGAAGAUUUAAUGAUGGUUUAAGCAGAAUUUGAAGCAAUUAAUAAGAGAGGAUUGGAAAUAAAGAAUAUUAAAGUAUAUAUAAUUGGAUAAUAUUAUAGGAAUCAGCUUGUUUUGAAGUAAGAAAAUCUUCAUUGUAUAAAGAAAAUAUUGAUGUUAAAGCGAGUUAAACUUCGAUUAGCAGACUUUUCAAAGAAAAUCUUUGA